CCAAGCCACAACAACAACCCAUUUAUAAACCAAAGACCGGUGGCUCAAGAAAUCAUUCUUCUUCUUGAAAUCUUUUAUUUGCACCUACAGAUCCGCCUUUAGAUCAAAACCCAGAGGAAAGGAAGAAACAGAAACCAAUCCUAGACAGAGAGGAGAGAGAAAUGGAAGGAGGAGGAGGAACAGAAGCUUUUCCAGAUUUAGGAAUGCACUGCCAACACCCGGAAUGCAAUCAACUCGAUUUUCUCCCAUUUAAUUGCGAUGCUUGUCGCAGGGUUUUCUGUGUGGAGCACCGAUCAUACAAGUCUCAUGAAUGCCCCAAAUCGGACUACAAUAGCCGGAAGGUAUUGGUCUGUGAAAUUUGUUCCAUGUCAAUCGAAACCACCGGUCACGACAGAGAAGAUGAAAAGUUGAUGCUGGAGAAACACGAGAAUUCCGGAGAUUGUGACCCGAAGAAGAAGAAGAAACCGACGUGCCCAGUCCGGCGGUGCAGAGAGAUAUUGACGUUCUCGAACACUUGCACUUGCAAGGUUUGCCAGAUUAAGGUUUGCCUGAAACAUAGAUUUCCAGCGGACCAUCCCUGCGGCAAGAACAUAUCAUCAUCGUCGGUGGUCAAGAUCAGCCGUGAGCAAGCCAACAAUAGGUUUUUGGUUGCUUUGGCGUCAAGGAAUGGGAACGAUUGUGGAAAGAAGGGUCGUGGUGGUUCGGCGUCUUCUCCACCUAGUACUCCUACUGUUAGAGCUUAUUAAGAUUGAGACAACGUUGUUGGGAACUAGGUUUAUUUGAAUUACAGAUUGUCUAAAAUCAUGAAUGAAUUGUUAAUGGAUCCUAAUAUUUAUUAGGCCUACCAUCGAUUAAGUUUAUAAACUAAGUCCAAAUGCAAA